ACAAUCCCCGCCGACGACCCGACUACCGCAGACCAUCCAGACCACUACCUGCCCUCAGCACAACCUCCACAGCACCCUAAUCUACUGCCAAAUACCGCGCAUAUAUCGCCUACUCGUCCACCGCUACAGGACCCUAUGAGCAUACUCGGUACGUACACUGUUUCUUCUUGCAUGUGAAAGUGUCGGUGCACUGCAGCUGCGUCGCAUGGGGAAGAACCCUGAGCAGCUGUUUCGAGACAUGGACAUACUGACAGUUCUUCUUCUUCAGCGGCAUCGCUCAGUAUGUCGACGAUGGCUUCGCAACCUCCGCCGACUUAUCAUAGUCAUAGUCAUCCUCCUGCACCUCCUCCUUUUCCCCCGCCCUUUACGGGUCAGCUCUCCGGCAGUUCCCUCCUCAAUGAUUCGGAAGCCAUGGCCUUUGCCAACUUUUUAGACAACAUCGCCGGUAACGACAUCUUUCUCUUCCAGCCGGUCUUGCCAGACAACCUACCGAGUUGGCAGCCAGACAAGCAAGGGUAUGCCAACGAAACUACGGUGCCAAAUACCUCAACAUGGAGUCAAAACUCGCAUUUUGGCAACCAGGCAGUGCCUAUGGAUACAAAUACAAGCCAGAAUGGUUACAACGGGAUGAAUGCCCCGGUACACGGCCCUCAGCAGUCGCCCAUGCCCAAUAACGUCCCGCAAACAAACUUUCCUCCACGGCUGGAAAGUCUGGCACCACUCACCGCCCUCGCCGACAUGCGAACGCCAUCCCAACUCAGGCGAGGCCGCCAAGAAGACUAUCCACCCGCCAAAGCCGAAUGCACGGAUACGCGGCAGCAAGACAGUACGCCACCCAAUUCAAACGGCUUCUCACCUCCGUCAUCUACGACACCUACUGCACGAGCCAUGAGUCGCUCCGCUUCUGCGUCCCACAAUGGUUCCCUUCCAUACAUGCCCGUGGGCCGGUCCACACGCGGCAGGAAACCGACCCUUAAUCGUGCGUUCAAUAAUGACGGCACGAAGGCCGACGCCUCGGGAUCGACGGCAAUUAUCAACGGCAGGCGUGAGAAUCUUAGCGAGCAUCAGAAAAGGUCGAAUCAUAUCAUGUCGGAGCAGAAGAGACGGGAUCUUAUCAGGCAGGGAUUCACGGAUUUGACGGAGUUGGUGCCGAGUUUGAGAUUGGGCGGUGAUUCGAAGAGUGUUAUCCUGACCAGGACGGUUCAGUACGUGGAGGACCUACUGCUUGGGAACGAUAGGUUGAAGAAGUUGUUGGGUGAGGAGUGAAUGUGGGUAAUGCUGGCAGGAGUUUUUUGGUUUUCUGUUGUGUGCUUGUUCUUAAAGCC